CCUCACUUCUUGCUCCUACACCGCUUGUGCUCUCCUCACCGCACGCACAUACAUACAUACACUUCUCUGUCCCUCGUCUUGGAGAGCGAACGCACUCGUGCUGUCCUUGUUGAGCAGCUGUGUACUUGUAUGCCUGCUUGGUUGGCGAGGAGAGUGGUGGUGUCGGCAGCUGUGUGCGAGUGGUGGUGGCAUUGGUGAGCGAUGGCGGAGGCUGACCGGGUACGCCUCCGCGCUGCGGCGCUGACGCUCGAUGACACGGGCGUCGGGGACAAGCCAGACAAGAAAACGGACUUGUUCGCGGAUCUUGGCUCGCCGGUGUCGCCGCUGCGGCUGCGGCCGGCCACAACGUCGUCAUCGUCGUCGUCCGCUGGGUCGGUCAAAUCGCCGGCGCUGGGCAUUGCGGAGACGGCGGUGGCGGCGGGGAGAGGAGGCCGGGGAAACCACUCGGGUGAGCUCGUAGCGGAGAGCAACCCGCCGCGGCCGCUGGGGCACCGGCGCUCCGGAUCUGGGCCGCUCAUCUUUUCCGGCGGCAGCAGCAGCGCGGGGAGCGGGGCAGGAGGAGCUUACGGCGGCGGGAGCACCGCGAGCUCUCCGCUGACCAAUGCGCUCCCCACCGGCAACAUCUGCCCUUCUGGCCGUGUCGCGGGGGCGGCGGCUGCGCCGCACCCGCCACGCACCCGCCCGGUCGUGCUCGGAUCCGGCACCGGGCACUAUGGCCACGGCAGCAUCAUGCGGAGCGGUGGAGGUGGCGGAGGCACGGUUCCCGCAAGAAGCAGCAUUGACGCCACCCCGUUCCAUUGUAACUCCUCGAGGUCUCCGGCGAGCUGCCCGGUGCCUCCUGGCAGCGGUGGUGGUCUUCAGGAGGUGACUCGCGCCGGUAACGACUGGUACAAGAAGGGCCGGUACGGCGAGGCGCUGCGGCACUACGACCGCGCCGUGGCGCUGUGCCCGGACAGCGCCGCGUGCCGCGGCAACCGCGCCGCCGCGCUCAUCGGGCUCGGCCGCCUGGCAGAAGCACUCCGCGAGUGUGAGGAGGCCGUCCGCCUCGACCAGGCGAGCGCCCGUGCGCACGGCCGCCUCGCCGGGCUAUGCCUCCGGCUUGGGAUGGUUGACAAGGCAAGAAUGCAUUUUACACUGGCUGGGAAUGCAAACCAGUCUGAUCCUGCUGACUGGCAGAAGCUGCAUGAGGUGGAAAGCCAUCAAGAGAGAUGCAUGGAUGCAAGGAAAAUUGGAGACUGGAGGAGCGCGCUAAGGGAAGCAGAUGCGGCCAUUGCCAAUGGAGCGGACUCUUCUCAAUUGCUUCUUGCCUUGAGGUCGGAAGCACUUCUUCGGUUGCACAAAUUAGAGGAGGCUGAUUCAACUAUUACGAGCUUGUUGAAAUUGGACAAUGCAUCACUACCUCCAAGGCCAACCAAACUCUCAGGCAUGGCAGCUGAAUCUUAUGUGCAUAUUGUCCAAGCCCAGGUCAACAUGGCGCUUGGAAGGUUUGAUUCAGCUGUUGCAUUGGCUGAGAAGGCUAGGCUUAUCGAUCCUGGAAACUCAGAGGUUGGAGUUAUUCUAAAUAACGUGAGGUUAGUUGCAAGGGCUCGAACCCAGGGGAAUGACCUUUUUAAGGCAGGCAAGUUUGCUGAGGCGUCUAUAGCAUAUGGUGAAGGGCUUAAACAUGAGCCCUCAAACCCAGUACUAUACUGCAAUCGAGCAGCUUGCUGGUCGAAGUUAGGUCGGUGGGCGAAAGCUGUUGAGGACUGCAAUGAGGCCCUAAAAGUCCAACCUAACUACACAAAGGCUCUGUUAAGACGUGCAGCGUCCUAUGCAAAGCUUGAGCGUUGGGAUGAUUGUGUGCGGGACUAUGAGGUGCUUCGCAAGGAUCUUCCUGGUGACACGGAGGUUGCAGAGUCAUUGUUCCAUGCCCAAGUCGCAUUGAAGAUGACCCGUGGAGAGGAGGUGUCGAAUAUGAAGUUUGGAGGGAAGCUUGAGGCAGUUACCAGCUUAGAGCAACUCCGAGAUGCUAUACAUUCGCCUGGCGUAUCUGUUCUUUACUUCAUGGCAACAACGAAUAGGCAAUGCACACAGAUUACCUCAUCUGUGGACUCCCUUUGCUCCGAGUGCCCUUCAGUGAAUUUCCUAAAGGUAAACAUUGAUGAGAGCCCUACGGUAGCGAAGGCAGAGAAUGUGCGUGUAGUACCAACCUUCAAGAUUUACAAGGAUGGUGCAAGAGUGAAGGAGAUGAUCUGCCCUAGCUUACAAGUCUUGCGCUAUUCGGUGAGGCACUAUGCUGUCUCCAGCUCUUGAGGUCUUAGCAGUGGCACUCAUAGUUCUUAGAUGCAUGGAGUCCCCUGUUAGUGUUACCUGCCACAUUUCACCAACAAAUUGUUCCUAUAUAAUAUCAGCCUCCACAGCAUUUCACCAGCUCGGUAUAAUUCCCAAUUAGGCAUGUUGAGCUAAGCUUGGUAUACUAAAGAACCUCCUGUGCAUUUCCCCCUUCCAUGUCUUGCUACUCCUUCCGACCCUUCAUUUGGCCAACCUUAAGCAGUCCUUGGAUCAUUUAUGCUCCCCCGUUUGCAACUAUUUCUACCCACCAUUUGACUAACCUUGAGCGAUUCUUUCAUCUCACACUCUGCCAUCUCAUGCAUUUGAUACAUUUUGCUUCACCCCUAGAUGAGCAGUCCUCAAGGAAGACUCCUUUUGAUGUUGCUUAGAUGCAUGUUGUCGUUAGGGGAACAGAUAAGAGGCUGGAUCGUUCUCGUUACAUGUACAUAUACCAUAUAGCAAUACAUCAAACCCACUGAUAGAUUGGUUUUCCAUGGAGGAAAGGCGGUAUCAGUUUAAUUUUGGCAGCGGAUGGAGAGUACAGGUCUAGUUGCCAUCGUAGAGAGAGGAUAGAUCAAGAAAGACAAUGUAAUUGCGUUGCAUGGUAGAGAGAUAAAAGAGGGAGGUGGCUGCUGUCAUUUGCAUAUAUACCUUCUGGUGAUCUGUGGUGCUGAUACAUAGUUCAUGCUGACAUUGAUUCCUAUGAAUAAAGAUAGCCUGGCAUUCUUUCA